CUAUUCUGACAUUACUGCCAUGGGUACAGUCUGUGACAAGGAUUCUUAUCUGAAAAUCGGCAUGCAUUAUCAUAGGGUUAUUAUUUAUAUUAUUACAAACUGAUUCUGUGCCUAAGCUGCAGUGAUUGUGUUAUUGAUGUGUGCUUGUGAUUCUGUCCCCCUAGAUCACACGGCCCUCAGGCUGGUUGGGGGAGGAGGUGCCUGCGCUGGGAGGGUGGAGGUUUAUCACAACGGCUCCUGGGGGACGGUCUGCGAUGACUCCUGGGACCUGGCAGAUGCUGAGGUGGUGUGUAAGCAGCUCCAGUGUGGGACGGCACUCAACACCUCAGUGUCAGCCUCCUUCGGCCAGGGGACCGGACCCAUCUGGCUGGACGAGCUGCGCUGUCAGGGGAACGAAUCGACUCUGUGGGAGUGUGCCUCAGGAGGGUGGGGGCAACACAACUGCAGACACAAGGAGGACGCGGGAGUCGUGUGUUCAGAGUUCAAGGAUCUUAGACUGGCUGAAGGCUGCUCCGGACCAAUAGAGGUUCUCUACAAUGGCACCUGGCGUAGUGUCUGCAGCAACAGAAUGACACAGAUUACAGCUUCAGUGAUAUGUCAGCAGCUGAACUGUGGAGAAAGUGCUGCCAUUAGUGAUGCACAAUCCAGGCUGAGUUCUGAUUACAAAUGGCUUGAUGGAGUGAACUGCCGAAGACACGACUCUACACUGUGGCAGUGUCCAUCCUUACCCUGGGGUCAGACAAACUGCGAAAACUAUGAGGUGGCUGCGAUUGAGUGCACAGUGAAAGAGAAGCCGCCUGUCACCAGCAUACCCAAGUCAUGCUCUGAAGACCUCACUCAAGAGCACUGCACAGAGCCAGCAGAGCUGAGGCUAGCUGGAAGCUCAAGUCCCUGCUCCGGACGGGUGGAGGUGCGGUUUGAGGGGUCCUGGGGGACAGUCUGCGGUGACUCCUGGGACCUGAAGGACGCCAAGGUGGUCUGCAGACAACUAGGCUGUGGGGCAGCAGAGAGCACAGGGGGGGGUGAGGCUACGUUUGGACAAGGGAACGGCACUAUCUGGCUGGAUGAGGUGAACUGCAGGGGCAGCGAGAUGCACCUGUGGGACUGCCGGCACUCUCCACUGAGACACAAUGACUGCGACCACAAAGAGGACGCAUGGGUUACCUGUGCAGAAACCUCUCCAUCCAGGCUGCAGCCACAGAGAGACAUGACCAUCACAGUGAUAGCCUGCAUCGUACUGGGAGCUCUGCUGGUGUUGGUCCUGUUAGCCGGGCUGCUGCAGCACAACAGGAUGUUGAGGAGAGAGAUUGCUGAGGAGGAGCUUGACCCCUUCCAUGAAGCCGUUUACGAGGAGAUUGAGUACAAACUGGCCAGACAGGGAACCUAUGAUGCGCCCAGGAGAGGUGAGUAA